ACAAUUAAACAGAGAUUACUACUUAAUAUAUAUACAAAGAUUUUAGAUGAUAUUUUUAUUUCAGGCAGUUCGAACAUCGUCUCUGCCUGACAAGCCACCAGGGACUACAGGUCUAAUUCCCACCAGGACUAUGGGAGGAAGCUGUAGAAACCCCACUAGAACUUCAAGCUACAGAACCCCUGUCUCAAGUCCUCUGUCGAAUACUUCUGAUGAUCGGCGGCCGUCUCUAGCCGAGCUCCAGAAAGAGGAUCGGUAUCGUAGACCAAGCGUAACUGAAUAUCAGCUAGUCGAUUCAAACCAUCCUGAUCUUACAGAUAUACAGAAGCUAGUUGAGAAAAUGCAUUUUGGAGAAUACGACAAAUAACAAAAGCAGGAGAAAAAGAAGUGCACCAAAAAAGGAGAAAUGUUUCACAAAGAAAUGUGUUAUUGUACUUGUAAACACUAGAAAAUAUGUAAAUCAGAGUUUUCUGUCAGAAUUUAAAAAAACGUGCUUGGAAAAAUAUCUUCAGUUGGAAAGACCAAAAUCUUAAAGAAAAGUCUUGAAGAAAAUGGCGAAAAGCGCUAAAAGUUUUUAGUUUAAAUACUCUUACUUACUUACUUACUUAGCACUCUUAUUUUUGCACUUUAUCAACUUAAAAUAUUUGCAUUAAAAAUUGUUGAGGUUGGGCGGUUUAGAAUAAUCUUUAGAAGCCAGAACUAUUAAAAAUAGCGGUCUAAUACUUUUUACUUUUUAAUUUUUAAUUAAAAAUUGCGCUAUGAACAUACUUGCAUCCAUAUUUCUUUACUUGAAGGCCUUUUUCCAUGCUAUUCUUAGGUUAUGAGUGACCCCCCCCCCCCGCCUAGGGUUUAUUCCAAAACCAGGAAACUAUUCAAGUUAAUGCGCAUUUCUAAGUUUUCUUAAUAUUACUUUUAAGAUUCUUAAUAAAUACAUUUAUUCAAAGAAGUUUUUUAAUAUGUUCUUUGAAAUACAAUUUUAAUUACAAACUUAAAAAUAGUCAAAGAUUUUGAAUAAUAUGUUAUGUUGUUAAUAUCAAUUUUACAGAAAAUUAUUAUGGAGUUUUAUUCCUGGAAAAAAAGCAAAGAAUGUUGUCUAGUUUUGUUGCCGAACAAUAAGAAAAUAUAUAUUUACACUGUUUGAAGUUUGAAUGCUACUUAAAUCACACAAAUACAAAAAUAAAAAUCACGCUUGUGCUGAAUUGAAUUAGUAGCAUUUAUCAAGAAAGAAAUGAAGUAUUUAACCCUAUUUCUGCUGUUUUUUGUUUCUGUUUUUUUGUAAGGGGUGUUUAAUCAAGAAGAUAUUUUUUUGGGAUACUUUUUGUGCUAUAUCAUAAAGUCUCGACGAAAAAUCGAAUCCUUUCAAAAUAUAAUUUAACUUUACAAAAGUAUUUUUAAAUUGGAAUUUAGUAAUUUUUCACAGAUUUUUUAAGAGGGGUCAAUUUGACCUCCCAGGCCCUGGCCCAGCAGAUAUAGGGUAAACAAAAUCAAUGGUAAAAUGUUGUUGUAAGAACCGUAUUUUUGUAAAAAUGUAUAAUCUGUAUUUAAUCCUUAUUUGUCGUAAUGUUUUGAUGUAAAGAGACUGUCCAAUAUCUUAGGUGGUUUUUGAUACAUUUCUUAAUCGAUUCCACUUGAAUUUAAAUAUA